AGAACCUCCGGAUUCCGCCUCAUUAGCGCAUGCGCGUGAACAGCAGUUCCUCUUCGCCCGGGAGCCGGCUUUGGAAGGGUGCGGAAAUCUGGAUGCGCGUGUCAUGGAGGAGAGUCCGAGAUCGGCCUCCGCUCACGUAAUCCGCGAGGGGGACUGCGCCGUCCUCAAACGAGACGAGGUUUUCAAGGCGGUUGUUGUGGUGAAGCGAAGAAAAAUUAUUUUUGAAAAACAGUGGUUCUGUCUGGAUAAUGCCAUUGGGCAUAUCUAUGGAACAACAUUUGAAGUGACCAGUGGUGGGAGCCUUCAGCCAAAGAAGAGGGUAGAAGAGACUACCACAGAAACAAAAGAAGCGGGUACAGAUAAUCGUAAUAUAGUGGAUGAUGGAAAGUCUCAAAAACUGACCCAUGAUGAUAUAAAGGCUUUGAAGGAUAAAGGCAUUAAAGGACAGGAAAUAGUUCAACAAUUGAUAGAAAACAGCACCACAUUCAGAGACAAGACAGAAUUUGCCCAACAUAAAUACAUCAAGAAAAAGAAGAAAAAAUAUGAGGCAGUUAUUACAAUCGUAAAGCCAUCGACACGUAUUCUGUCAACAAUGUACUAUGCAAGGGAACCAGGAAAAAUCAACUAUCUGCGAUAUGAUACUUUAGCCCAAAUGCUAACUUGGGGAAACAUCCGUGCUGGCAACAAGAUGGUCGUAAUGGAAACCUGCGCGGGAUUGGUCCUAGGUGCUAUAAUGGAGAGAAUGGGAGGUUAUGGAUCCAUUAUUCAAAUGUAUCCCGGAGGAGGACCCAUUAGAGCAGCCACAAGCUGCUUUGGAUUUCCAGAAUCCUUUUUCCAUACGCUGUAUGAGUUCCCUCUCAGCAAAGUGGACAGUCUUCUCUCUGGAACAUUUUCUUUAAAGAAACUGCCUUUAGAAUCUGAAGAGAAUAUGACAGUGGUUGAAGACAGCAAUGGAUCAGCAGAUGACAAGCAACUUUCCAUGCAAGGCACAGAUAUGGAAUGCAGUGCUGAGAUAGCUGUGGAGGGCAAGCAACGUGAAGAACAAGAAAUAAUGGACAUUCCAAUGGAGGCUGAAGCAUUUGAAGAUAAUAAAGCAAAGGGAACAACACAUGACAAGCAAAAGAAACAAGAGGAGAGGAGGAAAAAGCUGAUGGAAACUGCUGCUUUAUUGAAAGAUAAAGAUGCUGAUGGUUUAAUUGUUGCCAGUCGAUUUCAUCCAGCACCUUUAUUACUCUCGUUAUUAGAAUUUGUUGCUCCCUCGAGGCCUUUUGUUGUCUACUGCCAAUAUAAAGAGCCGUUACUGGAAUGCUAUACAAAACUGAGAGAGAAAGGCGGUGUCAUUAAUCUGAAACUUUCAGAGACAUGGUUACGAAACUAUCAGGUCUUGCCAGAUCGAAGUCAUCCCAAAUUAAUGAUGAGUGGUGGCGGUGGGUACCUACUGACAGGAAUCACCGUUAUCAAUGAGAGUAUAAAAUCCGGUGACUGCUCAGAAGAGACAGAUGAAGAGCCGACGUCUAAAAAACGUAAACUUCAAGAACACCAUUAACAUGAAGAAACUGUUUUUUUAGGACACGAAUGAUCCUCGUGUGCUGUUGCUAACUGUGUUUAAGAGCACAAAGAAGUGCAUUUUCCAACUCUAUUGCAGAGAAAGUUAUCCAUUUUAAGUGGGAUUGAAGAGGCAGUAUAGCAUUCGAAUCCUUUGCUGUCCUAUCUAACGCAUACACUGAUAGUGCCAUAGCGUCAAAAAUGUAUUCUAAUGUUCAAACAGUGAAAGACUUCAGGAUACAAGACUAACGUUUCCUGGAGUUAUUGCAAAAAUUGACUGAAACUUCAGUCCUGUUCUCUUUCCAAGUUUUGUUUUAGUUCAAAUCCUGUAUUUAUAACACCACUGCAGCUUAUCUUGGUUAAAAUCUGUUUUCUUUUUCUAAUUUAAACUCUUGAAAUAAAUUUGUUAUUACUAAGUGAAAUGGUAUUGUGAAAUCAUGCAGGAUGGGUAAAACAGGAUUGACACUAGAAAAUUGUGUGUUUUAUCUGUUCUGCAUACAAAAACUAAGAAACAUCAGGUACAUGUUUGUUAAUUUUAAAAUAACAAUGGGUUGUAUCCAACAUUAAGCAUACAUAGACUAGACCCAUUGAAAUUAAUGGAUGUGACUAACUUAGGUCCAUUAAUUUCAAUGGGUCUGUUCAGUAUAUUUUCACUUGCUAAUUUUUUAAAAAUGAAAAUUGGUUUCUAUCUUCUGCUUUCUAACAUGCCAUAACUGUAUAUUGUUAUGUAGGAUUCAUGAUCUGUAAACCUUCAUUUCAAUAAAUUCUAAGGGUUUUUUUGUUAUAAUAUGGGCUGCUGCCCUGGCUCGCUUCACUCGCCUUCCCCACUCCCCCCACAGAUCACGAAAGCUGCCCCCUUCCCCCCCCGUGGGUCGCCAAAGCUGCCCCUUUUGUAAGUGCCAUGCUUACAAAAGAUAGAUAUAGAAAGACAAGAUACUAUCUUUUCUUUUAAGUGUGAAAGUGUUGGUAGUGUAGAAACAUGAACAUAUUUUGCGAGCUGCAAUCACCCAUGGGGCUGUCUGAAGGAUCAGGGCAGUACAUAACACUCUGAAAACACAGCUCAGAAGUAAGGGUGCAUGUUUUUGAACUGAAUCUAGAACAUUUAAUAGAAGUAAAUGUUAAAAUGCAUGCAUAUCUGGGUGCAGGUUUCCUUUUAGGAAAAUGCUUUCAUCACUGCUUACACAUUUCUCCAUAUCCUAUUGCAGCUUUAAGAACGGAGCAUCUGAUUUCACCAACUGGCAACCCUUUCUAACGCUGUCUGGGCAUCUAUAUAUUCAGACCAGCCAACUAUGUUGGCUCUCCCAAGGCUGCUUGUUCAAAGCAGUGGCAACAGAAGCAAAUUUAUCAUUACAUAUCGCUGUGUUGCCUUUGAACAAUGGGUCCAUCAAGAAUUUAGCAACAAGGCUACAGCGGCAGUCACUUGGUUAUUGCUUCAGUCUCUGCUGUUGCUACCAUUUCAUAUGUUGUCAUGGGUUGGGUGUUAGAAGGAGAGCAGAUGUGGCCACAGGUGAGCCACAGUUUCACACAUUCCUGCAGCCUAUCUGCUCAAGUGGGGCCUUUUGAUGGCUGGCUGAAGGAGGUAGGAAGCCCUUCCCUCCCUUUGUCAUUCCCCAUGAAGAAACUCCAAAACCAUCUGCUGUCAUCUCAAUUGGCCUAGAAAGACACCUGCUUAGGCAAAUUAGCACCAAUUUAUUUCUUCAGCAAACAGAUGAAGCCCUGUCUUGGUCCCUAACACACAUGCUGUUUCUGCAACAUAAUGUGGUGGGAAUUCUCAGCAAGUCUUGAGACCCUAGGCUUCCAUGCCCAACCCUCCUCAAGUGGCAGAGGUUACUAUUGGUGGUAGAUAAGUGAUUGUGUUAAGUCAGAGGUAGCCAAUGAAGAGCCUUCCUGUUACUGCUGGACUCCAACUCCCAUCACACCUGACCAUGCUUGCUGGGGCUGAUGGGAGUUGUAGUUCAACAGCAUAUGGAGGCUGCCACUUUGGCUAACCCUGUUUUUCAGAGGCCAAAAUGAGAGUAUAAGCUUGGCUCUUUGUCAAACACAGAGUUCUGGUAGUUGUGUAAUAUGUAAGCUGCCUUCAGCGCAUCAGGAGAGAAAAGCUGGGGUAUAAAUGCCCUAAUAGAAUCACUGUCUUCCUUGGAAUUUUGUCUGCUUUUUUAUGGUUGCUAAUA